GAAGUACAAAGCAAGGGCAAUGGCAUCAUUUAGAAUACACGAAGAUAGAGAGAAUGCUUCUCUGGGACACAGAAAGGAAAAUGCGGAUGCAGUAUUCUCAGCAGCACAGCGGCGUGCCCUUGGAGAUCUCAGUCAGUUCGCCUGCAACCAGAACCGGAGCCUCAAACUGCCGGACUUGGCGAAUGGACCGUCUAAACUUCAAGAUGAUAUAAGGACGGUACGACAAAUAAAAAAUGAAAAAAACAUCGUGCCCCCUGUGGCUCAGUUUCGCGCCUUUAGCGUGUAUGAAGACAAACCAAGUGAAGUCGAGGUGAAGAAACGCGAGUCUACCUUCAAGCCUUUUGUGUCCAAAGAACUGAAAAAGGAAAAUUUCUUUGUCAGUGCUGCUGACAAUGUCAGGGCUCUAUGUGCUAAGGUGGAAAAACAAUCAGAGGUGCUUCAAGUCAGGCAACCGUUGCAAGAGAAGAAAGAUGUGGUCACAGCGGAAUCUCCUAUGUCAGUGGUGGACACAAGCAUCCUAUCUAUGUCUAUUUCCAAAAAUGAGAGUCAAAUCCUUGAAGACAUUUUGGAGGAUGAAGAAGACAAAACCACGGCUCAGACAGACAGGGAAAUGUUCUUCCAUGUUGAGGAAUAUCGUCAGGACAUCUAUAAUUACAUGAGAGAAAUUGAGGUGAAGAACAGAGCCAACCCUCGCUACAUGCGCAAGCAGCCAGAUAUCACGCACAUGAUGCGUUCCAUUCUCAUUGACUGGCUUGUAGAAGUGUGUGACGAGUACAACCAGCAGAGUGAGACAUUGCAUCUCGCUGUCUCAUAUGUAGAUCGGUUCCUCUCCUACAUGAGUGUUGUCCGCACCAAACUGCAACUAGUGGGCACUGCUGCUACUUACAUUGCUGCGAAAUAUGAGGAGGUGUAUCCACCGGAGGUAUCCGAGUUCGUGUACAUCACUGAUGACACAUACACAAAGCGUGAGGUUCUACGCAUGGAGCAUCUUAUACUGAAGGUGCUGUCGUUUGACCUCUCCACUCCCACAUCGCUUGCCUUCCUCUCGCACUACUGUAUUUCCAAUGGACUAUCAAAGAAGACAUUCCAUUUGGCUUCUUACAUCGCGGAGUUGUGUCUGUUGGAAGCCGACCCGUACUUGCAGUUCAAGCCGUCGGUGAUCGCCGCCGCGUCACUCGCCACAGCGCGACACUGCCUCCUUUGCGAGUCUUGCGAACGUUUCGAGAACAGGGAUAUACCUGAGGCGGAAGAGCGUCCGGCGGCGCCGGCGUGCGCGGGCGCGGCCUGGCCCCUGGCGCUGGCGGCGUCGGCCGGCUACGCGCUGGCCGAGCUGCAGCCGUGCCUGCGCCAGCUGGCGCGCAGCCACGCGCACGCGCCGCUGCAGCCCUACCAGGCCAUCCCCGACAAGUACAAGAGCAACAAGUACGAAGCCGUGUCGACAAUCGAGGCCCGACCCAUGUUCCCUGUGGCAAAGUACCAGCCGCCCGCCAACGCCAACAACACACGCGCGAACGAUGCCGCGAGAUCCAGCUAGUCUAACACACUGCUCACGCUCCACUCUGCUAUUAACUAGUUCCGGACCCUAGCACCUUCAAACUAGUCAAAUGUGGUAUCAAUUUUAAAACUUGCGACAUCGAUUUAUUUAGCAUCAGAAGUCAAUUUGAGUCAAUUAGUCUGUACUAGCGCUGGGUUCGAACAACGAAUGAGCGUCACCAUAAAGUACAACCUUAAGAAAUGUAUUCUUAAGAUUGCAAGUUAUGCUAAAAUCACAUAGUCGCUAAGACUGAAAUUCUCAAAGACGAGUUUAAAACCUGGGGAUCUACUCCCGUUCUCUUUCUGAAACAAUUACAAUCAAAUAAGUAAAACUCGACCAAAUUAAAGUGGACAAUAAACUGGCGUUCCGUGGUCUUUGCUUACCCCUCCUCUGGGACUAGGGCGUGAGCUUAUGUAUGUAUUUAUUAAAAGACUGUCAAGUAUGAAGCUUCAUUCGUAUCAUUCGUUUUUUAAUUUCAGGUUCAGGUAUUACUUAUUAUUUGACAAUUGUUUCUGACGGAUGUCGAACAGAGAACGAGAGUACAAGGGCUGGCACAAUGAGUACAAAACCUGAUUAAUUUAAUUUUCCAUUGAAUCUGUCAUUCAACAACAGUAUUUUUAGUUAAAAAAUAUUCAAGUUGGAUCCAUAACCACUGAACAAAUAAUCAUCAGAAAAUCAAAGAACUUUGAAUGCAUUGUAUGACACGUAUUCCAAUGUUAGCUUUUAUUACGUUAUAUAAUUAGAUAAUUGAGAGGACCUGGGGCCUAAACAUUCCUCAAAGAACACCCGUGCACAGUAGCGGGAUGUACAUCGGAUGUAGUACAGAUCUGUCAAAAAAGAUAGGUGAGUAUUAAAAUGGCGUUUUCGUAUAAGCAAAGCAACUGUUAAAAGACGAUAAUUUUCAUGUUGUGAGAGUUGUUAUUCUAGUUUUAUAAUUAACAUUUUUCCAAUGGAAAUAAAAUGAUGAAGACUACGCUUCGUAUGUGCCGUGUACUGUGUACGAUUGCGUAAGAAUGAGACUGAAGUCCACCGAAGGUUAACAAUAGACCCAAUUGUAAGCGAAUUUGCUAAAAUCUGUACAAUUAGUUAGCUUAGAAACUCUGUCUAUACGGAAAUUCUGUUACAUCGUGCCCUUAUCACGAAUGAUCGUAACUUAGAAGUUUACAAUAUAAACUUAUUUACGUGGUUCGAUUUAGAAUUUGAUGUUCUAUAUUGUAAUGUAAAUAAUAAGUUUUCGUGAAAAUUUUAAUUAUUCCGUCAGAGUUCUAAGGGACGAUGUUACGUGCAUUUAGUUUGAAGAAGCUUUAUUUUGUACUAAAAUGGCUUGAUUAUGAAACGACACAAGCAUCAGCCAUUUGUAUCGCUACAACACUGUUUGUUAGUAAAUUAUUAUUUUUGAGAUAUAAGGUAUGUUUUAAUGUUGCUAAGUAGUUUUUAAUGUAAUUUAAUAUAAAGUAAAUCGCAUAUUUUCUCCUGUUUUUGUACUAGGAGG